GGGCCGCAUCGGUCGCUCGGCGCUCGCAGGAGGCGCCGCAUCGAUAGCUGGGCGCUCGCGGGCGGCCCUGCGGGGCGGCGCGGGCGGCUCCGGCAUGGCAGGGCUCGUCAACUUCGAGGAUGAGGAGGAGGUGCGGGCCUACCUGCAGAACCUGCACGUCGAGUACAGCUACCAGUGCUUCAAGGAGAAGGACCCGGAGGGCUGCCAGCUGCUCGCCGACUACCUGGACGCCGUGAAGAAAGACUUCGCGGCGGCGGCGCGGGUGCUGCGCGACAAUUGCGACGCGUACGGGCACAGCGAGAGCUGCUACAAGCUGGGCGCUUACCAGGCCAUCGGCAAAGGUGGACUCGACCCAGAUUUGAAAGCUGCGUACAACUCUUUUACGAAGUCAUGUGAGAAAGGUGGGAAGAAGUCAGUAAAUGCGUGUCAUAGCGUUGGGCUGUUGGCCCAUGAUGGGAGAGUAAAUGAUGGUAAGCCCGACCCUGUUGGCGCUAGAGACUAUUACACAAAAGCCUGUGAUGGCAAUUUUGCCCCUAGCUGCUUCAACCUCAGUGUAAUAUACCUCCAAGGAGCACCUGGGAUCCCUAAGGACAUGAGCAAUGCUUUGAAAUACUCGCUGAAAGGGUGUGAGCUGGGGCACGUGUGGGCUUGUGCCAAUGCCAGUCGAAUGUACAGACUGGGAGAUGGCAUAGAGAAGAAUGAUGCUAAGGCAGAGGAUUUGAAAAACAGGGCAAAACAGUUGCAUAAAGAACAGAAAGAGGCCUCAAGUUCUUUAACGUUUGGGGAGUAAAACUGUCAUUAUUAAGACUGCAGUUUUAAAUAGCAAGUGAACUUGUUAUUUAAAUUACGAGCUUUUUCACUUAAAUGUCCUGUAUUUGGAUAUGCAAAUAAACUUACGUUUUUGUGGAUGCAACAAA